AGGAGAAAAAAGGAAAUCCCUUUCAGCGUCACGGUUACGCUGUGGGGUCGAUGUACCUCCCAGCACAUGUCACACAAACACUCACAGAUAAAAACGCUGCCGCAAAGUCCUCUGCAGAAUUCAGAUUUUUGCUUUCAACGGGCCGCAUCGGUGUUUUUUCAUCGAAGACAGAAGAUUCAAAGAGGAUUUCUUUAAGGAGCAGGAUGAUGUGGACGGUGGGACUUCAGGCGGUUGCCAUCUGUGUUUUCCUGCAGGUGUCGGGCUGUUUCUCAUCAUGCCUCAUAAAGGGGUCCGUAGCCUACUGUGGCUUCCAGAACCUCCGCUCGGUUCCUCCUCUCCCUCCUGACAUCACCCAUUUGUACCUGGAGAUGAACCACAUCAGUGAGAUCAACUCCACCUCCCUGUCAGGCCUCGAGGAGCUGCAGGUACUGGACCUCGGACGACAGCAUGCGCGGCUUGUGAUCAGGAACCACGCCUUCAGCAGACAAAAACAUCUGAGGAGGCUUUCGCUCGACUUUAACAUCGGACUUCAGCUGGAGCCGCAGGCGUUUGAAGGGUUGGCAAGUCUACAGAUUCUCAACCUGGAUUACUGCUCACUUAAAGAAUCUAUACUUAGGGACAAAUAUCUAGAACCGCUGCUGUCCCUACAAACUCUCAGCCUCUUUGGUAACGACAUAAAAAGACUCCAGCCUUCUCCCUUCUUUGUCAACAUGACUCAUUUGAAAGACCUGAAUCUCAAGCUGAACAAAAUUGAUCAAAUUUGUGAGGCUGAUCUUGCUGCCUUUCAGGGAAAAACCUUCACAGUUCUGAACUUAAACUCAGUGUACCUGAGAGAGAUGUCCAGCGGUAAGUUUGACUGGAAGAAAUGUGGGAAUCCUUUCAGAGAUCUGACCUUUCAGACACUCGAUUUGUCAAGCAACGGGUUUGGUGUGGGCCAGUGCACGCAGUUUUUCAAAGCCAUCGAGGGGACAAAAAUUUCCCAUCUGAAAAUGUCAGGGCACAUGGGCAGAGGAUUUUCAUUCAACAAUCUUCCUGAUCCAGAUCGCAGCACAUUUGAAGGCUUGCACAACAGCUCAGUCCUUUCUUUGGAUCUGUCUAAAAGCAGAAUAUUUGCAUUGCAACAGGGGGUGUUUAGUGCACUGACAGAAGUCACAAUCAUUGAUAUAUCCCAAAACAAAGUCAAUCAGAUACACAGAAAUGCCUUUGAAGGUCUUCAGGAUCAUUUAAAAGUGCUCAACCUGUCACACAACCUGCUUGGGGAGAUCUAUUCUUACACAUUUGCUUCUCUGACAAACCUCCAGGUGUUAGAUUUGUCUCAUAAUCACAUUGGUGCAUUGGGUUAUCAGUCAUUUAGUCGACUUCCCAACCUGAAAUUAUUAUAUCUGACAGGAAACUCUCUGAGGGAUUUAGGCUUCCCUGCUCCUCUACCAAGUUUAGAUUUUCUUUUAUUGAAUGACAACAAGUUGGCACCCUCAUCAGUGAGCAGCAUCUCUCAGUUUGCCAGUAACCUCAUGCAUCUAGACCUUCAGGACAACAGAUUAACAGACUUGGAUGAUGUCUCCACCAUUUUGACCGGUUUAAAACGACUGAGGCAUCUCUUUUUUGGAGGAAACAGAAUCAGGAGUUGCUCCUUCAGCAGACGAGUCGGUCUGAAUAAUCUCACAGUUCUUGAUCUUCACGGCAGCUCCCUGCAGUCUGUUUGGACUCAGGGUAAAUGUCUCAAUCUGUUUGACAAUUUUGGGCAUGUUGCUGGUCUCAAUUUGAGCUUCAAUGCGCUGCAGUCGCUCCCUCAAGGUGUUUUCAAGGGCCUCACUUCAGUAAGAGAGAUGGACCUCUCGUACAACGCCUUGACAUAUAUCCAGCCUGACGCAUUUCCAAAAAGUCUAAAAGCACUCUACCUUUCCAACAACUUCAUAGCCUCGCCUAACCCUGCCACUUUCCGCUCUCUGAGCUUCCUCGACCUCCGGAUGAACCGAUUCCACUGCAACACUGAUCUGAAGAGCUUCCUGACUUGGUUGAACGAGACCAACGUGAGGCUGCUGAGUCCUGUUGAAGAGCUCAGAUGUGAAUUUCCUGCUAGUGUCUUUAAGGUUCCUCUGAUAGAGUUUUCUGCGAUGGUCUCACAGCAGUGAAAGCAGCUAAAACAGAGCAAAAAUGUAUUUGUCAGCUGGAAAAUCAUGAUGAAAUAAUCGCUGGAGGAGUGUACUAGUGUCAUGUAUCAUUGAUUAAAGUUGUGCAUGUGAUCUGAAUUUGAAACUUGUAUUUGAAAUGUAUGAUUUAGUCUAUAAAAAAACCCAACCCAGAUGUAAUAAAAAAAUAUAUCAAUUUAA